AAAUAAGUCCCCACACUUACAACAGUCCUAAAAAAUGGAGCAAACUUCAAGUCCAAAAUCAAACUCCAUAGAAAUGGAGGAAGAUCAGAGCAAAAAAACCAAACAAAGAAGGAUCCUUCUUAUAAUCAACUGCAUAUUAUUAACGAUCGGAAACUGUGGGGGGCCACUAAUCAUGCGGCUCUACUUCCUCCACGGUGGGAAACGAGUCUGGCUCUCCAGCUGGCUCGAGACAGGUGGCUGGCCCAUAAUCCUUUUCCCGUUAGCCGCCGCCUACUACCAUCGCCGGCGCCGUGGCAGUCCAUCCAACAAGAUCAUCCAGAUGAAGCCGUCUUUGUUCAUGGGUUCAGCCGUGGUCGGCUUGAUCACCGGCUUCGACGACUACCUGUACGCCUAUGGCGUGGCUCGGCUCCCGGUCUCGACUUCCUCUCUUAUAAUCGCAUCGCAGCUGGCUUUCACAGCUGGAUUCGCUUACCUUCUGGUGAAGCAGAAGUUCACGUCGUAUUCGGUAAACGCGGUCGUUUUGCUGACGAUCGGUGGGGCCGUGCUGGCGCUCCACACGAGCGGUGACCGGCCCAAGGGGGAGUCGGAGAAGGCUUACGUGUUGGGGUUUCUGAUGACGGUGGCGGCGGCGGUGCUGUACGGCUUCAUAUUGCCGCUCAUAGAGUUGAUGUACAAGAAGUCGAAGCAGAGGAUUACAUACUCCUUGGUCUUGGAGAUUCAGUUGGUCAUGUGUUUUUUCGCCACUGCUUUUUGCACCGUCGGCAUGCUUAUUGGCAGAGAUUUCAAGGCUAUUCCUAAAGAAGCUAGAAAAUUUGAUCUAGGAGAAACAAUGUAUUACGUGGUGCUUGCAUGGAGUGCGAUAAUUUGGCAAGGGUUUUUCUUGGGAGCUAUAGGAGUAAUAUUCUGUGCCUCGUCGUUACUGUCUGGAAUAGUAAUUGCGGUUCUUCUUCCGGUGACAGAGAUAUUAGCUGUUAUUUUCUACAAAGAAAAUUUCCAAGCCGAGAAAGGUGUGGCACUCGCACUUUCCUUGUGGGGUUUCGUUUCAUAUUUUUAUGGUGAAAUCAAACAAAGCAAAAAACUUGAAAAACAAGAGGCACAGAUGCAGAAUAGGUCUACUUCCCCACAAUUAGAGAUGCCUCGUAUUCAGACCCCAUGAUCUCAUCAUCACAUUUGUCGCACACAUAUACAAUAUAUAUUAUAUAUAUUUAUAUAUUAUGUAGUAUUCAUCCGGCUAGUUUUUGAAAUUUUUUAAAUAAUUUAUAAUGUUGAAAUUAGAUUUUAAAUAGUAUGUUUCACAUAUUUAUAUAAAAAAAUUAAGUAUACUUGCAACAAACUAUUUAAAUCUAAUUAUCUACUUAAUAAAUUAUUAAAAUUUUCUCAAGAAUUAAUAUGAUGGUUGUUAUAAUUAUAAUAUACAUUGUCAUAUAAAAAAAUUAUAAUUAUAACUAUAAAAAAUAUGUUAAAAAAAAACACAAUAAAAUGUACCAUUAGUCUCAGGGGAUAACCAAAUAAUUUUCUAUAUAUAUUUAUUAUAUAUUAGUAAUUAUGUCGCAUGUGUAUUUAAUUGUCAUGGCAUUUGUCAAUCAAUCCUUGUAUGAAUUUAUUAGGAGAAAGAAAUCUUGCCAAGUGGAAGGGGACGGUGAAGCAAGGGCUUUGAUUCCAUAUAUUUUUCUUCUAAUUUUUUCUCAUUUUAAUUUCGUUUUUUUUUUGUUGUUGUGGUAGUUACAAAAUUAUAUGAAUAAAUUAGACGAAAUAAUAAGUCACAAGCCUUGUGCUUUUGCAGAUGUAUAUAUAUUUUUAAUCUUCCGAGUAUAUUGUAUUGUGUAUCUCCAAUAUCAAGUCAAAAUGUUCCAUGUUUUGAGUA